AUGAAAUCGAUCGGAAUUUUGCUAAUAAUUGUUGUUGUUGGCUGUUAUGGCCUUAUUGAUGUUUGCCCUGGCGGUGAUAUUAAGAAAAUAUUUGCCGAUUGUCUGCAGGAAUAUGGUGGAGAUAAGGCCCUUUUAACCGAUUGGAUUGCCUUCAAGAAGGCUCAGGAUGACAAGAGCAAAUGUUUUCGCACCUGUGCCAUGAAGAACUGUGGUUGGUUCGAUUCCAAUGGAAAAUUUACACCCGAGGUUCCUCAACGUGCUGCCUAUGUGUUAUUUGGGGGCGAUGAAAGUAAUGUACCUCUAAUUGCGGAAACUGGUAAAAGAUGCUUGAGUUCUUUACAAUAUGAUGAGAAAAAUAUCUGCAACAGCGGUGAAAAUUGGUCGCGUUGCCUACUGGGACACUGUAAAAAUUGUAGUUUGGCUGUGUUGGCGACACUACUUUAA